CCAUCGUUUAUGACUGACAGAGGAUCCAGCAGUAGGCCAAACCGGAAAAGGCAGUUCCUCAUUUGCUGAUGACUGACGGAGGAUCAAGCAAAUAGAAAUGGACCUUUUCAGAAAGGGGACGAGCUUCUUGGGCAGUUAAAUUUGCGCGGGCUUGGCUCUCGCGCAGUCAUGGCGGCUUUCCGCGACAUGGAGGAGUUAUCCCAAGGGCUGCUGAGCCUGCUGGGUGCCAACCACGCUGAGGCGCAGCAGCGGCGGCUGCUGGGCCGCUACGGGCAGUUGAUGGAGCGGCUGCUGGAGACUCAAGACGGAGCCGAGCAGCAGCUACGAGAGAUCCUUGAAAUGGAGAAGACUGUAGCCCAGAACCUUCUUGACGCGAAGGAGCAGGCACACCAGGGGAGCACCAAGUUGCAGCAGAUUGAAGCCGAGCUUCAGAAGGCCAGUGAGGAGGAUGCUCAACUGAAAUCCAGCCUCUUUCAGCUCACCAGGGAGCUAGAGGACCUCAAGGAGAUCGAGGCCAAUGUCGAAAAACAGGAGAAGGAAGUUGACGAAGACGCAACGGUCACUAUCCCUGCAGCCACGUAUGUGGCUCAACUUUAUCACCGAAUUAGUAAAAUCGAGUGGGAUUAUGAGUGUGAACUGGGAAUGAUCAAAGGCAUUCAUCACGGCCCCAGUGUGGCCCAGCCCAUCCACCUGGACAGCACCCAGCUUUCCAAGAAAUUCAUCAGCGACUAUCUUUGGAGUUUGGUGGACACGGAGUGGUAGCCAAGAGCCUCGUGUGUUGUGACUUGCACACAGUGGGAAUCAUUUGUGGUGGGUGGUUGGUGCCUUGAUGGUGAGAUAAGAUUAAAAUUAAAUGUUCGUACAUAAAUGGGAUUUUUACUGGAUUUCAGCCUCAGAUGGUGGACGGGCCUGGGCUAGGUCACCAUAGAGAACUGACUUAACUGCCAGGCCUGUGACUUCACAUCUGUGACAACGCUACAGAUGGCACCAUAGUAUAUGAUGACAAAUUCCAGGUCCUUAUCAUUUACUAUUCAAGUUUGGCCCUUUUUUAUUCAUUCAGGGUAUGUCUUUGAGUGCCACUGUGUGCCUGAACUGUGCUCAGUACCCAAGACACAGAUGAAGGUGACAAGGACCCCUUUCACCCAUGGAAGAGGCAAGCGUGAGCAGAUGCCACCAUUAAUGCCUGGUUAAAACACAUUUCCCAGCCUUCUUUGUAGCUAAGUUCAAGCCAAUAAAAUGUAAGUGGAAGUGUUGUAUGAGACUUCCAGAAGGCUCUUUCAAAGGCCGGGGAGUAUCCCCCUUCCCUUCCCGUCUAUUUUCAGGAAUUUGGGUGUAAUGGCUGGACUCUGGCAGCCAUACUGCCACAUGUAAGGAAGUGUGCAGUCCUCGAGGGAUGAUAGGAAACUGGUUUCCUAAUGAUGGGAGAGCUGGUAUCAGCUCUGGACUCCUUGUAGUGGAGGGGGAUCCUAAACUAUCUUGUGUAUGCCAAUGUUAUCACAGUGUUUCUAUCACAAACAGCCAAAAUAAACCCCAACUGAUUUAGCACACAACCUAGACCAGGGCUGGCCAAUCGAUGUGUUCAUCUAACCCUUAUCCUCAGUGAUUUGGAUACUACUAUGAGUGGGAAGCUUGUGGCCUGCCUGCCUGAGGGGACAGAGGAAGUAGAGUCCCACUGGUACAUUUAGCCCACUGGAUACCACCUUGGCUGAAGCCAAUGGAUUAGCUAGUUACAUGAACCUUUGGGUGUUGGGUUCCAUGCAUCUCUGUACAACUAAAUUGUUUACAAUAAGCAUAAUUAGUGUUUUAAUCAGAGAGGGACAGUCUAGGCAGAAGGAACGAUAAGUUCUAGCAGCAUCUGAGCACAUUCCAGUAGGCACUGAAAACAUUCCAUUUCAGUGACCCAUGGAGGUGCUUGGCAAAGAAGCCUGCCUGUUGGGCUCCAGGGAGAUGGACCCAAAAAAGAGGGCUCGAUAGUCUGUCCCUGAAGCAUAAAAAGCCCUAGUCCAUUUGGCUUGAAAGAUUCCCAGAAAUACUUCAGGGGCCCCUCUUUAAUGCCAGGGGCUUUACAUAUUCAAGUAAAUGUUCACAGCCCUUCCAGGCUACUUUCAUUUUCUAGGUUGGUAGAGUCUUAUGGUGUGAACUGGGAGCAGAGCCUCCCAUCCGUACCUUCGCACUUCGGCCUUCAAAGGGCAAAAGACUUGACCUAGACCAGGGUUUUCUCACCUCAGCCCUGGUGCCCUCUGGGCCGGUCAUUCUCUAGUGGGGCAAUCCUGGACACUGCAAGACAUUUAGCAAUAUCCCUGGCCUCUGUUGCAUUAUAGCCAAUCCGUUACCACCCCCCUACAUUAGCCUCU